ACCUGCUUUUUUGUCUCCAGGUGAAGCCACAAUUUAAUUUUUCUUUGAUUUAGGCUAUUGGAAGUUUAAUAAUCGUGGUUGGUGUCAUAAUCUACAUCCAAUAUGGGGCAAUUGUAAAGCUGGAUAUUGACAACAGAUACAGACGGUCAAUAUCGAUGCCAGCAUUAAUCAUUGAAGUUGGCUGCAUGGUUUUUGUUGUGGCUUUCUUUUUCUGUUGUGGAGCAAUUCUAAAGAACCGUUGCUUUCUUUAUACAUUGGCUGUCAUAUUGAGUUUUAUAUUUCUUGUAAAUCUGGCUGCUGUCACUCUGGCUUUUGUGUACAAGGACAAGAUCAAAGACGAUCUUGGUGCUGUGAUGAAUGGUACACUCAGUGAGUAUGAGAGCAAUGAAGAGAUUAGAAGUGGUUGGGACAGUCUGCAAGCCGAUUGGCCAAAAUGCUGUGGGAUCAACGAGCCACAGGAUUGGAUAAGAGUGAUUGACGAGAUUCCUGAGAGCUGCUGUAUUGAUACGUCUCUUAGCUGUACAAAUCCUGACUCUGAAAAUGUUCGGCAAAACGGAUGUCUAGGUGAUAUUAACGAUACUAUCAACAAUCUCUGGACAUGGGGAGGGGACGUAGCAAUAGCACUGUUGCUUAUUGAGCUGUUUGGUGUUGUCAUGGCUAUUAGUCUGGGUCGACAAAUAACAAUGAUAUCUUCAGGCAACUACGAAGUCGUAUAGAUAACUCAUGAUCAGCUGUGACUGCUUGUUGUGCUGCCUCAACGCACGAAUUGCUUUUCUUUUGCUCAAUGUUUUUUCUAUGUUGCAAUUUGUAACUGAGGCAUUGUAGUUUUGUAUGGUCGCGUUGCUAUUAAUGUUAAUGAUUUUGGAUAUGCCGGUAACAGGCACGGUGACACUGGUAUGCAUAAUUAACUGGGUAACUUC